UUUUUUUUUUUUUUUUUUUUUUUGUUUGCUGCCCUGGGACCUAUAUUUUUUCCUUCCUCCAUUCUUAAAGUCAUCUUCAUCAUGUCUUCCUUACUUACGUUUCAGCUUCGUCAACAACAACAACAAAAGAAUGGAGAAAACCAAAGUGGACUUCCUUCGCCACCCAACUCUUUCUGUGGGGAUGAGACUUCUCAACCUUGUAUUAUAGUGGAACGUAGAAAUUCGCUCCAGACAGUGUUUAAUGAUAUGUCUAUUAAAGACUAUUCGACGUCUUUGCCAGAGAAUUAUACGAUUGAUCAUUCUACUAUCAAGAGAAGUUUGCAUGCACCUAUAGCUAUAGCAACAGCUACAGCGGCUGCUACAGGCGGGCUUACGAUUCGUAACCGUAGACAGAGUGAAGCAAAUAUAGGAGGUAGAAGAAAGAGUCGUGGUCUUUCCGAAUCUUUUAAUGGUCAGUAUCGGUGUAACGAUUGCGGAAAAUCCUACAAACAUCCAAAUUGUUUACAAAAACACCGAUGGGAACACUCUGAAGAGUGGGAAGUUACAAAGAAACUAUCUUUAACUAAACACCAGCAAGUACAAAUGCUUGAAGCUGCUGCUAUUCUCAUUGGUAUGGAUCGUAGAUUAGAAGAUAAUUCCUUAAAAAAUGAGCUACUUGGAGACGAUAUUGAUGAUGAUGAUGAUGAUGAUGACGACGACGAUAUGGAAAUUAAAAUUGAAGAAAGAGAUGAAGAAGACGAAUCAAUUGUUAUAGAUGAUGAUGACUUAGACUCUUUAUCUGUUGUUUCUGAUGCUUCUAGUAUUUUUAUGGAAGAUCUUUGAUACAAAAUAUAUCAAUAUAAUAUACACAUUAUGUAAAACUGCUAAACAAAUC